CAGAGUGGGCGUUUAGUCCGUUUUCCUUUCCAGCUCAUACAUGACUUCACGAUAAACGUUACACGAGUUGGUUAACUUCAAAUCGUGAAAUUUCCUGUUGCUGUCGGCCCUGAAAGAUGACGGAAAGCUCGACGAACAAGCUGCUUAACGGAGACGUCUGUCACAAGACCUCAAAUGGUAGAAAAUUGAGUAAAAAUGGCUUCGUGAAGAACCAUUGCUUGUUUCAAGAGCCACAGAAGUAUCGUCGCCCCAGGGAGAAGAACCAAAAUGUUCCACACAACUCCAGCCUGUACAAGAAACCCUUUUUGGAAUCGUUUGAGGAGACUCCUCUACUGGUGGCCGUGCUCACCUACAUGGGCUAUGGCAUCCUCACCAUCUUUGGCUACCUUCGAGACUUCCUUCGUCACUGGAACAUCGAGAAGUGCCACGUGGCUCGAGAGAGAGAGGAGCAGAAGGAUUUUGUCCCCCUCUAUCAGGACUUUGAGAACUUUUACACCAGGAACUUGUACAUGAGGAUUCGAGACAACUGGAAUCGACCCAUCUGUAGCGUCCCUGGUGCAAAGAUGGACCUGGUGGAGAGAGUUUCCCACGACUACAAUUGGACCUUCGAGCACACGGGCAAAGUGGUGAAGGACGUCAUCAAUAUGGGCUCUUACAACUACCUCGGUUUUGCUGAGAAUACCGGGGCUUGUGCCGAUGCUGCUGUCGAGUCCACGAAAAAGUACGGAGUUGGAGUGGCCAGCACUCGCUCUGAGAUGGGAAACCUGGACAUCCACGAGGAGCUGGAGCAGUUGGUUGCCAGGUUCCUGGGUGUUGAGUCAUCUAUGGCUUUUGGUAUGGGCUUUGCAACCAACUCCAUGAACAUUCCUGCUCUCACUGGGAAGGGCUGUCUUAUCCUGAGUGAUGAGCUGAAUCACGCAUCGCUGGUGCUGGGUGCCCGUCUGUCUGGCUCCACGAUUCGGGUCUUCAAACACAACAACAUGCAAAGCCUGGAGAAGCUACUGAGAGACGCCAUUGUACACGGGCAGCCGAGAACCCACCGACCCUGGAAGAAAAUUCUCAUUGUGGUGGAGGGCAUAUACAGUAUGGAAGGGUCUAUUGUGCGUCUGCCAGAGAUCGUUGCUCUGAAGAAGCGCUACAAGGCCUAUCUGUACCUGGAUGAGGCUCACAGUAUCGGGGCCCUGGGGCCUAACGGCAGAGGAGUGGUAGACUACUUUGGUUUGGAUCCCAAAGAUGUCGAUAUCAUGAUGGGAACGUUCACCAAGAGCUUCGGAGCUGCCGGAGGAUACAUUGGAGGCAAAAAGGAGCUCAUCGACUACCUGCGGUGCCACUCUCACAGCGCCAUUUACGCCACUUCCAUGUCCCCUCCCGUGGCCCAGCAGAUCAUCACCUCUAUGAAGAUCAUCAUGGGAGAGGAUGGAACCACAUUGGGUGCUGACCGCCUCAGACAGCUAUCGGAGAACACCACUUAUUUCCGCAGGAGACUCCGCGACAUGGGCUUCAUCAUCUACGGCAACGAUGACUCGCCUGUGGUGCCCAUGAUGCUCUACAUGCCUGCCAAGAUUGGGGCAUUUGGGCGGGAGAUGUUAAAGAGGAACAUCGGCACAGUGGUGGUCGGCUUCCCAGCAACACCCAUCAUUGAGUCGAGGGCACGUUUUUGCGUUUCAGCUGCCCAUACCAGAGAGAUGCUUGACACAGCGUUGGGGGCCAUCAGUGAAGUGGGCGACCUGCUGCAGCUGAAGUACUCCAGACGUGGACAGCCUCUUCCCUCACUAGGGUGGAUGGCUGAGGAGAGUCUGCUUCAGGACUGAGCCAUAUCAUCCAGCCCCCUCCCCAUCUAACCCAACUGUUCCUCCCUUAUUAAGCCUUUUCUCAUCUGAUUUGACCUUUUCUCUGAGCCAGAGUCUUUAUCUCUCUUCACCAUAUCGUAUCACAUUAGAUUCCCCUGGACUCACCAGAACCAAAGUCCUCCAGUUUCACCCUCAUUUACCUGUGAAGUCUGUGAAAGGUCCAGCUGAUUUCACCCAUAGCAGGGGACCACCUUCAUCUUCCUGUACAAAGUGCGCUCAGCUUGUCCUAAAUUAUUGUGACUGCGUCGGUCUAACAUUGAGUCGUAGUCCUGUGUGCACAUUGAAUGUGUGUCUUAUUUGUGCAAUAAUAACAAUGUGGAGUUUCUUUGUAUUUCAAAUAACCUAGAGCAAAUUAGACAUAUUUUUGCUAUGAGAAAAAAGAAAUAUGAUCAUAGGCGCCGCUAUGAUGAACACAAGAUGGAUAAAAUAUAUAUGUAAAUAUUAUUUAUCACAAAGUUGGUAAUUCUGCUUUAGGGUAGCAUCCCAAACCUCAGAGAGAUCCAUUAUUUCAUAGGAGCAACAUGAGAAUAUUCACUCCAUAUGUAUUUAUCUGAUGGCUUUUCUUUUCUCUAAUCACGUUUACUUGAAUAGAGAAUAUUAGGUUCUUUCCCUAACCAAAGGUUAUAUAUGUAAAGAUGUGUUUUCUACCUUUUCUCUUAAAAUGCAAAGCAGAUGUUCCAAAAGAAUAACAGAGAAAGAAUCCCAGGGAGCAAGACUGAGAAAUAUUUUUUACUUCUUAUUUUCUAGAAAUACUUUUCAGCCUUAUUUACUGUUUACACCUGCACUCAAAAACUUGAGCCUAGUGUCUUUAACAUUUCUAUAAGCUAAUGAGCUUCAUGUGUGAUCAUUAUUAUUAUUAUGAUGUCCGAGUCUUUCGAACUCAAUUGCUUUCAUGUAAAUCAGCAUUGACACUGAUCUCUAAGCACGAUGACACGCCUUAAACUUAGAUCUGUAUGUAUGACGAUGCUGCUCCCAUGCUUAUCUGAUGUACAGACAGCUUUAUUUAUUUAAAACGUCUUUGUUGUCUUUUAGCUGCCUUAUUUUUUGGAGAAAAAAUUCACUUUUUUCUGAAGGGCAGCUGCAGAUGCAUCCCGGUGGAAGAGGGUGUAUUUUAACUGACUACUUGUCUUAAUGUCUUAACUUCAGUGCCAGCACUACUGACAGGCAUUAUAAAUGCACAGAUGACGUAGUCACUGAAAUGUGCAAGAUUUGUGUGUGUAUACUUCCGAUGUUGCCCAAUUUAUUAUCUGUUCUCAUCUUAUGAAUUGACAUUCCAUAUCAGUCUGCUUCCAGUGACCAGAGUUUUUGUUUUUCCGUCUUAUGUCUCACUUUUCUGUCUGAGGUCACCUCGAAUGCGGCAUACGUGCCACUUUCAAAUAUCCUGUUUGUGCGUGUGUUUAUGUUCUGUCGCUUAAUUGAUGUGAAAUGGAGGCCGAGUCAUCGUAGUCAGUCAGAAAGCUGGCCAAUGUGUGGCAAUGUGACCAUUCCUGUACAUGUUCGUCAAAGUGAUUAAACUCAGCUCAAGUUCA